AUGCCAGCACCAUUGCCGAAGAACCUGCAAGAGGCGACGCAGGAUGCGGUGGACAUGACGAGGCACCUCGUCGAGAGCCCCGGCUACUCGAGCUCGGCGGUUGAUUCGACGGUGACAAUCAUCUCGAUCGAGCGUACCGGUCUCGAGGAGAACGGCGAGCUUGUGAGCGAGGCGGCGGAUGUCGAUGAUUCGCAGGAAACGGUCAGGCUUACGAUGAAGACGGCUGGAAAGGCCACCGCACCAACGCCAGUGCGAAACGAUAUCCAUGCCCGCCUUGUGCUGCGCAUGCGCGUGCCCGAGAGGCUGAACAACAACCUGGGCAACAUGCACGGUGGAUGCGGAGCCACACUCGUCGACUGCGUGACCUCUAUGGCGAUAUACUACCAUACUUCGGGCGUGGCUGGCUCGCCAUGGUCGUUCCUGGGCGUCUCGCAAAACAUCAACGUCUUCUACCUCAAUGCCUGUCCGGUCAACUCGGUCAUUGAGAUGGAGGUCUACACCGCCUCGGUCGGCAAAACCAUCGCCUUGAUUGCAGCCGACUUUUGGCUCGUAGAGAGGGCGGAUGGCCAGGAAGACGACGGCGAAGGUCCCGUCCACGCCGGCAAGUGGAAGCGCAUCAAGAAGACCAUUAGCGGCACGCACACCAAGGUUGACAACUCUGCCCGUCUCAAGCUCUAA